AUGGCUACCGAUCAUAUUUCGAAGCCUUCCGAGGCCGAUGCCCUGAUCCUCGAGGCUUGGGGUCAGGGUCUGAUGGUCGGAAGUCUACUCAUUAUGGCUGCUAUCACUCUUGCCAAUAUGAAGUCACAUAUUCUCUUGCAUAAGUUGAUCUUCGCUGAGCUCAUCCUGGCUAUGGCCCAUGGUACUUUCAUCUUCCCCCACGAGCCGGUCUACGGCUGGUAUCUAUCCGUGACCGCGAUCGGUCUCAACAUCUCCUGGGCUCUACAUAAUGUCAUUGCCUGGAUGAAGAACCGCCCAUUCUUAUCACGAAAGGUCUCAAUAAUCUACAUUACCACUGUGAUCCUCUGCUGGCCCUAUUGGGCUCUGGAGAUCUAUGCGAACUUCACAUACUUCAACAAUAUCAAUAAGAUUUUCUUAACGACUCGGCCAAUGGAGCCAUUAUUCCGCGACCCAUGGUGGAUCUUCACAACGGCCAGCCUAUUCUGGACAAUCAAGCGCGAGUACAACUUCGGAUUAUGGGAGCUAGUAGUAGUCAGCCCACGCUUCGGAAUCAUGCUGGCAGCAAUGUGUCUGUCAAUUAUUUUCAUGAUUGUCGAUACCUGCAGCGUGUUGAAUGUCUUUUCCAGCAUGCUCCCAACAGGUGUCGAGCCGUUCUGGAAGUUAUCCUUUAUCUUCAAAUGCCUCUGCGACACAGUCAUUCUCGACGACUUCAAGACCGCCCUCGAUCACUUACGCGUACACUGGAUGCGUAAGAAGAACGGGGAGUUAUUUGUCACUCCACUUACCACCCCGAGCUCCAGCCCUCGUACAUACAGGACACGAAGGGAUAUCGAGACUGGUGAUUUGCCUACUACCCCAACUACCCCUACGAAGGGAUCUUACGCCCGUGCGGUGCAUAUGGACGACGUUUAA